UUUCAGUGUUGGUUGUAGUUCAUCGACGAACAACCAGAUUGCAUCCGUGUUUCAGUCAAUUCUGUCGUUGGAAUUAUGGGCCGCGUUUGAACGAAUGUAUCUUACCAGUUUUAUAGUUAUAGAGUACCCACGCACACGGCGCACGGUUCUUUUAAUCGCCCCGCGCUCUUAAAACAUGUACACCAUCAAAAAAAAUAUUCCCCCAAACAAUCCUUAAAAAAAUGUCUAAUCAAAACAAUUGAAAAUGUCAACGUUCUUUAAAAGGAAAUAAUUGCCCCCCCCCCCCAGAAAAGUGUAAAUACAUCUCCCGCUAAAAAGUAAGGUUAUGUAAUUGUUUGGUAAGGAUCCUGUGCGCCGCGUUCGAUUUCAAUGACAUUUGAACAGUGCGCCAACAACAUUUUGCAAAACGGUUUUUGAUUAAAAAAUAAAUAGUGUGUGUGUGUGAAAUUCAGUGCAAUCAGAAAACGAAUUUUGUGUUUUGUUCGUAAAUAGUGAGUUAAUUUGUGCAAAGCAUGCAAAGUUUUGUGGAAUGUGUUGUCAUCAUCAUUGAUUCUGUAUCAAAAAUGCGGCUAAGAACAGUGGAAAAUUGAAUUUGGGUUCCUUUGAAAGGUUGUUGAUCGACCGGUAGUUUUCACCAAAUGCUAUAAAGUGAUUAUCAAUUAAAGAGAAGUUGUAUAUUGAAGAAGAAGAAGAAGAAAAAGAAGAAAUGGAAGGCAUUAAAGGAAAAAGUGAAAAAUGUGUCAGAGAAAAAUUGAGGGAAAUGAGGUGAGAGGAGGAUAGAUAGACCGAUGUCAGGGUCAAGGAAGUGUUUUUCAAAGGGACCAGAGGUCGUGGGAGUCAUUGCGACUCGUCGAAGAGGAGGAGCUGUUGUGGAAGGGAAAUGCGGAAGUUUCUGGUAAGCUGGCUUACCCUGCGUUGGAUUUAGGGGGCUGUAUGGAGGCCGGGGGGCUUUUGCCCCGCCAGCCCCCGCAAGGCCCCCCUGGAUCAAUUUGCUCGGGAAUGGUCCAGGGUUCAAAUCAAUUGAGCAAUAAUAACGCGAAUCAAUCGCCAUUGCACGAUCUCAAUCCAGUGGGCAAUCAGUUGAGUUUGACGAGUCAACAGCAGUUGCAGUUGCAGCAACAAAUGGGUCAGGCACCCGGUAUGGGUGAGGCGCUCACCCCCAAAAGACAAGCGGUUGUCGAUAGAUUAAGACGAAGAAUUGAAAGUUACCGUCGACGGCAAACUGACUGCAUACCAAGAUUUGAUCAGAGUUUUACUGGACAAUGCGAGCAGAAUAUUCAAGAUACAUUGGUGUUGAAGCAACGUUUUCUCGAGAGUAAGGCGAAGAGACAGGCCAAGAAGAGCGACAAGAAGCAGAGCGAACCCGUUGGCCUCUCCAGUAUACAUGUGCAGCAAAAAUUCCUGAAGAGGACGACAGAAGAUUUGGAGCCAUCGGGGGGUGGUGGUGGCGAUGGAACAUUUGGUGAGCCACCGGUGAAGCUACAGUGCACGCAGGGUCAACAUCAACAUCAGCAAACUCAAGGCGGCGGUGGUGGUCCUCACUUGGGACACGGUCCACAUCUAACCGGAAAUGGCACCAAUCCCACUGGGCAGCAAGCCGGUGGUGGUGGAGGUGGUGGUGGCGGCGGUAAUGGCACCGGUGGCACCGCCGGCAACGAGGGUCUCACCAAAUUCUCCGUGGAAAUUGUCCAACAACUCGAAUUCACCACUUCGGCCGCAAAUUCCCAGGCGCAACAGAUCUCGACGAACGUGACCGUUAAGGCCCUGACGAACGCCUCCGUGAAGUCUGACCUGGUGAAUUCCUCCUCGUCCCCAAAACCCGGACCCGACUCCCAGACGAACGCCCCGAGGCCUCAAAAUCCACCCGCCGGCGCCGGCAGCAUCGGCUGCGUUGACAUCGGGAACCUCGUCGAGUGCAAACAAGAGCCGGACAAUGAAUUCGUCGAUUUGGAGCAGUGCGCCGCCGCUCUGGAAAAAGACGCGGCCGCGAAUGGCGCCGGUUUUCCGGGUUUCUCCGAUUUUAUCGGCGACGACACUGGCGACGAAAUAAUCACCUCCGACGCAUUCAAAGACCUCAUUUCGGAGAUAUCCGACUUCCAUCCGGAGUUCAUGAAGGACUUUGACUUCGAGGACAAGAGUGUGGACGCACUGGCGAAUAGUGCAAUCAGCGACGUGCCAAACAAUGGACAAAUUAAAAUCGAGGACGACAAGGACUCGAUCCAUCAACACGCGACCAACGGCAACGGCAACAAUCCCACCGUGGUGUCCAACUCUAGUCCCGGGAAUUUAGCCUCCUCCCAAUAUUCCCCAGCGAGACUCCCCUAUUCGGGCCUCUCCGAAAUGAGCCCCGCCGCUCAAACCCUCAAGCAAAUGGCCGAACAGCACCAACACAAGAGCCAACAAAUGGGUCUCGGUGGCUUCAAUCCAAAUUCAACUGCGGCCCGAGGACCCACCGCGAGAUCGCCAUACGCCGAAUUCUCACAAUUCGGCGGACCCACCGACUAUCUCGGCAGUCCCAGCAACAAUGUCACGCAGUCUUCGCAAAAUCAAAACGCACCCAACAGUGGCAACUAUCACAAGAACAAUGGCUCGCAGGGAUUCCAGAAUCAGCAGAGCGCGGACAUUUUCGGUGCUCAGACGCAAUUUGCGAGCCUGGCGGAUAUGAAGAGGCCGCAGCCGGGCGGCGGGAAGCCGAACAUGCUCGCGCCUACCGGCGGCUACAAGCAACAGUAUUCGCCUUACGGAAGUCCCGGUUCAAUGCCCAAUCAUGGGAGUCCUGGUUAUCCUCUACCUCCACGAGGGACUCCGGGCGCUGGUCCCAAUCAACCUGGCUCACAAGGACCCUUCACCAGUUCCACACCACCGAGACCACCGUCCGGUUCGGGGACUUCCACACUUCAAAUCAAUCAGGCACAACAGUUACACAUCAGCAAUCCUGGUCAUCAAAUUCAGGUGUCCGCGGGACAGCAUAUGCAGUUGACGGGCGAUUUGAAGCCCGGCGUGUCCGUUGCCGCCCAACAGGGAAUGUACUUCAGUCAGCAGCAAGCGCAAAAUCAAGCAGGUCCAGGUGGACAGAACGAUUCCUAUUGUACAGUGUCGCAAUCGCAAACAAUUAAUUUCACGCAGCAGAGUCUGAGGCAGAGGGCGGCUGCAGCAGCAGCGGCCGCCGCUGCCGCUGGUGGUGUUCCACAAUCGGCUGGUGCACCAGGAGGACCCGGCGGCGCACCGGGAGCGCCAGGAGCGCGGAAUCAUCCCCAACAGGUGCCUCAAAAUCAAGUUGUUGAUCAACAUCACGCUAAGCUUCUUCAACAACAGCAAAUGAUGCGCGCUCAACAGGUGAUGCAGCAGCAACAACAGCAGCACAUGGCAGGAAGUAUGGGAGGUGUAAGGCCACCGCCUCCGGAGUACAAAGCAGCGGCUCAAGCGCAGAUGAUGCAUGCAGGAAUGGGAAUCGGUCAGCAAGCCAGGUUUCCCAAUGCAGGUACAAUGCGCAGAGUUACGCAGCAACCUAUGCCACCUUCCGGUCCGAUGAUGAGGCCCCAAAUGGCUCAACAGCAGCAGCAGCAGCAGCAGCAGCAAACGCAGCAACAGCAAACUUUGCAUGCGGCUGGUGGGAAUAUGUACAUGGGCGGUGGUGGAAUGGCGGCGAUUGGAGGAAUGCAUCAAAUGCACCAGAGAUUAGGAUAUCCGAGGACAAAUAAUCAGCGGCCGCCGAAUGUCAGUGUGGGGCCAACGGACAACAUAGGCAAUAGCAUCGCUGGCCGUGGACCGCAGCAGGAAUGGCGGCAUCUUUUAAUGCAGCAACAGAACUUCCAGGCUCAAAUGCGGCCGCAAUUCAAUCAACAAGGACACCAAGGUGGCUUUGGAAUGGGAAAUGCGGGCGGAAUGCAGAUGAGCGCUGCACAGAUGCAACAUCAACAGCAAAUUCUACGAUCUCAAAGUGGCGGUAUGGGAGGAACUGGUAUGCCCAAUAGUUCGCAAAUGCAACAAUUGCUAACGCAACAACAUCAACAGCAGUCCCUUGUGAUGCAGCAGAACAAUAAUCAGAUGACUAUGCAGAUGCAAAUGUCGCAGUCGAGUUCUGUGACCAGCACGGGAACUGGUUCGCCAAUGCAUCCACAUCAACAAUACGGUGGCGGAAGUCCAGGAGUUCGAGGUCUACCACAGCAGCAUUCUCAGCCAUCCCAACCAGAUCCGUCGAUAGGAACAGCGGACUUUAAUUUCGAUCUUCUCGAUAAUUUACCGACUGGCGACGCAGCCAACUUCAGUGCCCAGGAACUUCUCAACUCACUGGACCAAACUGCUGGUUUCAAUCUCGAUAUCCUGUAAAAAAAAGAAACAAGGAAACAAGUUCCACCCUCCAGCCCCCCCAGAGACUUGAAAAAUCAUGAAAACUUCCCCUCUUUAUUGCCAUUUGGUUUCUCAUGACAAUGAGUGAGAAUUGAAGCAAAAAAACUCAAUCUUGUUUUUUUUCUAAACUUUUACGAUUGAGACAAAAACAAUUGUUAUAUAUGUGAUUUAAUGCGAUUUUAUCUAGAGGAACAAUUUUUUUUAUUCUACUUUACGGAAAAAAAAGUGUUUCCUUCUUCUCUUAAAGGAUAAAUCGCAGAAAAAAAAAUUUAGUAAAAUUUAUCUUGCCGCGAUGUUUACGCUCUUAGCAAUUUUGUGCGUAAUCACGGGGAAUGUACCCGUUUAAAUGAAUGAAAAAAGAAAUUGAGAAAUUGAUUUUCUUCGCACGGGUGCGAUAUAUAUAGGUGAAAAGAUGAAAAAAGAAAAUUUUUGUCCGAACCCAGAAGGUUACUGCGUUGGAUUUAAUUCCUUUUUCUUACGAGCAUUAUUUUUUUUACUCUACACUUUUGUUUUUCUGUCAAGGUUUUUUAGAAAAUUAUUUGUAGAAAAUGAAUAUUUUACCAGUUCUUUCGUUAAUGAAGAGAAAACUGGACGAGCUUUUUAAUUUUCCAGUAAAUUAUUUCCUGUUCUUUUUAAAGAUUCAAAUUCGGGUUUUUUUUCUAUUUUUGAUGAAAAUAGUUUAGCAUUUUUGAUAAAAAUGAAACGAAAAUUUCAGGUCUCGGAUAUUUGGACUUUCUUCGACUUUUUUCUUUUUAAAAAAUCGACUUUUUUCCUAAAAUACAAAGUUGAUUAGAUUUUUGAACAAAAAUUCUUCUUAAAAAAAAGUCAAUUAUUUUCGAAAAAUAAUAUUAUAAAGAAGG